GGUUGACGUAUGUGCCGGUCAACAUGGCGUGAACCCCGGAUCGAGUCGAGGGCCAGAGUGGCGCAUACAUCCAUCCCAUCCGCCUCCCUGGAGCCUUCUGCACCUCCACUGCGUUUUCCUCCGUCGCACUGCCUCCGGACCCAGCGUUGCGUUGAUAUAACGCUACCGCCAGCCCGCUACCGCACAUACAUUCUCGCUUGCACGCCAUACAUAUAGAGGUACCCCAGUGGCUUUGGCCUCUACAUAAUUCGCCGUGUUCCUUUCACGCUCGACAAGGCUCUCACGCUAUACCCGAUAAUCAUCAGCGACGACCCCAGGAGCAAACCAAAACCACCCUCACGCUCCUCUGCAAUGUCCGCAACGCCCUCCCCCUCUGCGACGCCCGUCACCACCGAACACGUUGGUAAACUCGCGAGGCGCAUACACGGUUGGAGUUGGCAAGCGUUUCCUAUAGGCAUGGGCACCGGCGCUGUCUAUGUCUCGCUUGUGGACAUCCAUCACCAAUCCUCCGUACUCACGCACAUUGAAACCGUGUUCUUCUUCCUCAACAUCGUCCUAUUCCUCUUGAACACGUCCACUCUCGCGCUUCAAGCUAUACUGUAUCCGCGACAAUCGUGGCGCUUAAUCAAGGAUCCCGCAAAAGGCGUCUUCGUCCCUCUCAUCGUGUUGUCCUUCGCCACUAUCAUCAUCGGAAUAGUGAACACUGCCGUACCCCUUGGCCACGUCAGCACAGACACAAUAUAUGCGCUGUUUUGGACCUAUGUGGCUUUUGCCGUCAUCGUCUGCUUCCCUAUGCUGAUGAUAUGGUUCAACAAACCACACGAUAUCACCACUUUUACUCCAGCAUGGGCUUUCCUCAUUUUUCCCAUGAUGCUUGUCGGCGUUGUGGCUUUCAACGUCCUGGACGUCAUCCCUGCAACAGAAACCCGUGCCAUCGGAGUUCUCCUUACGGGAUACUUCUUCCAGGGCCUCGGCACUUUCAUGACAUUAUUCUAUAUCUGCAUCUACUUCGUCAGGCUCAUGACGACAGGUUUCAUGGAUGGGCAACAAGCCAACGCUGCAUUCGUGGCUGUCGGUCCUCCAGGAUUUACCGCGCUCGCACUUCGCAACCUUGGUGACCACGCUAGAGAGAUCCUCCCCGCACACCACCUCGUCUCCGAUAAUGCCGGCGAAAUAUUCUACGCUGCGUCUGUACUCGCCUCCUUGAUGUUGUUUGGACUGGCGGUAUUCCUGUUCCUCUUUGGUGCCCUGCCGUGGUGGUCUAAGAUACACAUUCAUCUGCGCGAGAUCCUCGGAUGCUGGUCCUUAACUUUCCCCAAUGUCGGGUGGAUCGCCACGAUCCGCGUCCUCGGCGAUACAUUUGCCAUCUCCGGCUUCUACACCCUCCACCUCGUCCUAGUCGUCGCCAUGUGCGCCGUAUGGCUCGUCCUCUUUGUCCUCACCCUCGCAGCCUUCUGGAAGGGCAAGAUCUUCCUCGACAAUGACGAGGACGUCCUCCGUGACCACCGCCACUUCGCGGUGCACGCCCACAUCCUCCACGAGAAGGGGAAGUCUGAAGCCCAUCGCGAGAACGAUGUGCAUGGGCACGUGAUGCCCGCCUUGUUGCACGCGCCCACGCCGGUCCGGAACGACCUCGAGCAAGGAUUGAGGCCGACGAACUGCGAGUGCCGGACAGCGUCGUGCAGCAUCGGCGGCGUCUAUUACUCGUCCACCGCACCGACCUUGGUCGACGUUACCGAUCAGACGCAGAUGCUGCGACUAGCCACCCCCCGCUUGCCCUAGCACCACCACCACCACCAUCACGAACACCGCCUCUCCCUAUCACUGUUUUCGCCUUCUUCUCAUGAUCUCGCAUUGAUUGUUAUGUUUGUGUUAUGGCAACGCAUAUGUAUAGUAUAUACCCUCGCAUGCCUUAUUAGACAUUAUCCGUAUUGUGUCUACAUAUAUUGACGCACGUCGUACGGAACAUCACUGGCUACGUUCUUCGGAGGGCAUCAUUGGCUUAAGGUUCGGGGCGCGCAGUAUCUAAGUCACUGCUGUGGUUGUUUCGCAAGCGGGUCGGUGAUCAUCGAUCACCAGACAUCACCCUUCGAAACGGACUCGUGCGUCUUUUUUCGCGGACUUGCGGAAUAGAGUAGCAAGGAGGCGAUCUCUUGCCUCAAUUACAUGCUGAGAUGAUCCCGUUAUCUGCAGCAGCUUGGCGCCCUCGGUACUCGGGAGCACGCGUACCAACGUCUUCGUGUCGCGCUCGAGCUUCCGCAAGCUUUCUUCGUUUCUCGCCAGCAAAUCUGGCACCGCAGGUGCAGGCACCGUCAGGAACCCGACACUUUUCUCAUUCCGGACGAACUCGUAGGCCUCGUUGAUGACCUUUUCUGCCAACACGGUGCCCCUCUCGUCCCUGGCCACAACGCGCCACGUCACAGAAUUCGUGUCCUGCGGGCUGAAGCGGUCGACGAGUGACCAUUGUACGCCGUUGCUGUACACGUGGUUCGGCCGCGUAGGAGGCUUGGGGUGGUACUCGUGCUCCGCGAGCGGUUCGGGCGUAAUCGUGACGCCAACGGACUGCAGUUCGUGACGCACGCGCCGGAACAUGGCAUGCCGGUACUUGCUGCGUAUAACGAUUUCUACCUCGCGCUCUUGGAGCGAUUCCUUGAGACGUGUAAGCUCGUCGAAUGCCGCCUUAUACUCUCUGUGUGUGCCUUCGAUCUUGACCACAGUACUGCGAUCCAGGUUGUCGCACCCGUACGGUUCUCCGCACUGAUCGUAACCGGACUCUCCGGGAAACCAGACGUCAGCGCCGGAGACCGCUUUAAUAUGCGCAGCAGAUUUCAUCAGUUCGGCGUGGUACCGAACGUCGAUCGCCCGACCAUAGACCUCCCUUGACUGAGCGGCGACGACGCGUCGAAUUUCCAGUUCGAGGCGAUCCAACAGCUCUGGCGAGCCGUGUAAGCGUAUCUUAUCCGAGGCCUCCGCGACUUCAAUCAAUUCCCGUUGAAGGGCGGGUUCAACCGGCCCAUCGCAAGCCGCAACGAUGCGGUACCAGGCACGCCAGUCAUUCCCAACGAUGAGAUGAUGUAGAUUCCGCCGAAUAGAUAGCACACGUUCGGCCUCGGCAGAUACCUGGGCGUGGAUCUUCUUGACCUCGGCCUCGGCGCUGGCCACAGCAUCGCGGGUCCCUCUAAUGAUGAUCUUCCGAGAUCCGUCCACUCCGGCGUCGUCAGACAGGCGUAAAUCCGCUUUGGCGAGCCUUAUAAGUCGAUUGAGCUCGAGGGCCACCCGCUUCGUGGUGCGGGCAGGAAGCCGCAAGACAGUCGGAGCCGCCACUUCGUCAGCAAGCUUUAAAAUGUCUUUCUCAGCCGCGACAACGUCUUUAGUCAUUCCACGUAUCACGACGCGGCUUCGGGUUCGCUGAGGUAAGAUAUCCACGCCAUGUCUGUCUUUCAGACGCUUGAGCUUAUCGCCGCUCACGUCGAUCACUGCUCUGGGAACCUGGACGGCUUUCUCCUUCGCCGCCGCCUUCCCCACCGCCAACGACUGUAGACGCGACUUCGCCUCCUCUAUGUUAUCCGGAGGACCAUAUAUCUGUAUCUCGGCUCCCUCUGACUUAAUCUUGACGAGCAGAUCACUCUCGUAACUCUUGACGGAUGCUGCGUAAGUCGUGACGAUGCGCCUGAGAACCUUGUCGUUCAGGCGUACGCUGCUUACUGUCCAAGGCCGAUUAUCGCUUCUGAUAGAGGCCGGCGAUACCCAUACAGAUGCCUUCUCUUGGAAGAGAUCGACCAACUCGUUCAACUUCGGUCGCUUGGCGGGGUCCUUAUCCCAGCAGGCGUAUAGCUUAGACCAGACGUCGUUCGUGAGUCCGCGAACGACAGCAGACCACCCCGGUUGAAGUGGCCUCUCG